UCGUCGUAGAUCCAUUUCUGCAAAACAUCUUAGGAGGGAACACGUCACGCACACAUGCGCACACAGGCUGACGCAUCGUUUCGUACUCUUUUGCAGAGCUGAGGCAUGCCUGUGGCGGAUUAAUUAGUUGCACUGCAUUCAACAGUGUUUGUUAAAAAGCAUAGAGAAAAGAGUCACAAUUUGGGGGUGUUCUUUCAAGAAUGGGGGUGGAUUUCGGGGUUCAAGUAAGGCAUUGCGACCCCGAACGUGUCAUCUCGCCGCUGCAGCGCCGACUUGUCCACUUUUGCCGAGGAGCUGCAAGCUGAAAGAGUGAGACGUCGGCUGGCAGCGCGCUGAAUUGGCGCAACUUUGGCGCAAACAGCUCCACGCACAUUGCUUUUUGAGAUUUCUAAAUCACAACCCAUACCGAUGGACUGAUUUUGCUCGGCCGUUUUUUUUUCCUUUUUUUUUCCGAUGCAGCGAGAGGGUGCCAGAUCUUCCUCCUAGAGCGCCGCGCUUGGACGAACGCUGUCUCUGCUCGCCUCUUUUUGUGAUACCGGCUCGGAUCGACGCAAUAAAAAAGGAGGGGAAGGAGCGAGGCGAGGUGAGACACAGCCGAGAGAUGUGAGGAGGGGAUGCGGGUGUUUUCCAGCCGAGCGUCGGCGUCGCAAUUCAGCACCACGGGAGAGGGGACAGCUCCCCACGCCGCAGCGCGCCAGCGAGAGAAGAAGCGCCUAUUUGUUCCUUGUUUUUCCGCCAAGGUCAGUCCUAUGAGCAGCAAAAAAAUGCUUUGGACUCUACUUCCUCUUGUUUUUAGCCUGGUUGACCCACUAAGGCAGUGAGGACAUUUCUAUUGAGAACUGUGGGCGCAGAAGCAGGUUAGAUGUGUUAUAAAAGACUACCUCAUCUAACCACGUCUCCCUUUUUGCUUCCUUUUGGACUGAUGUCGGCUCGAUCAACAGCUCCUAUGUCUUGAGACCGGGGAUGAUUUGUCCGCGUUGAAAAAUGCUGCUUUGGGUUGUCCUGCUGAACGCGGCUCUUUGUGUUGCCAGUGGGAACGUGACAAGGGACGUGUGUAAGGAGCAGAUAUGCUCGUGCACCGAGGUCGAGGGAGACGUGCACAUCGGCUGCGAAAAACGGAGCUUCACCACGCUGCAGCACCUCACCGGGCCGAGCUCACAUUUUUACCACUUGCUGCUGCAUGGCAACUCUCUGUCCAGGCUCUUCCCCAACGAGUUUGCCAACUUUUACAAUGCAGUCAGCUUGCAUUUGGAGAACAACGGGCUGCACGACAUCGUCCCUGGAGCCUUUCUGGGGCUGCAGCUGGUCAAAAGGCUGCACAUAAACAACAACAAGAUCCGCUCCUUCAGGAAGAGUACAUUUCUGGGCUUGGACGACUUGGAAUAUCUCCAAGCUGAUUUUAAUCUAUUAAGGGACAUUGACCCGGCCGUGUUCAGGGACCUUAAUAAACUUGAAGUGUUAAUACUUAACGACAACCUCAUCAGUGCACUGCCCAUAAAUGUGUUCCAACAUGUGCCCAUUACGCAUCUCGACCUACGUGGGAACCGAAUCAAAACAUUGCCUUAUGAGGGGAUCCUUGAGCAGAUCCCCGGCAUUGUGGAGGUCCUGCUCGAAGACAACCCCUGGGACUGUAACUGUGACCUGGUUUCCCUGAAGGAAUGGCUGGAGAAUAUACCACCGAAUGCACUCAUUGGGAGGGUCAUUUGCGAGGCUCCCACCAGGCUGCAAGGGAGCGACCUGAAUGAGACUUCCGAAGCAGAGCUGUGCCCUUCACAGAACGGUGCUGCAGACACCAGCCUGGUGGCCCCUCCCACCCAGGAUGAGACAUCAGAGCCGGUGGCGCACGGCGGCGGCCCACGUCCCACGCCUUACAAGCCCAGCUCAGACGCCAGCGGGCCACCGACGCCUGGCGGCCACGGAGCCAAAAGCCGUUCUAAAUCACGUGAGAACUGGCAGCUUAAGACCAAACCCACUCCAAUAGCGACAGGUGUGAGCGGGGCCAAAGAGCAGCUUCACAAUGCCACCUGCCCCCAGCCGUGCACCUGCAAGCUGGUCGGUUCCAGACAGGGGCUAGGGGUCAACUGUGAGGGCAAGAAGAUCGAGAGUUUAUCUAAUCUGAAACCAAGACCACAGGUUGCCCACGAACUGAACAUGCGUGACAACAACAUCCACGCGGUGAAAAAGAACCAGCUGCUUGGCUACACCAGCCUCAACCUGCUCGAUCUCGGCGGGAACAACAUCAAGGCGAUCGACAACAGCACUUUCCAGAACCAGACCGAGCUGAGGUGGCUGUACAUGGAUAAGAACUAUCUGGAUACACUCAUGGCAGAGAUGUUCGUGGGCCUCGUCAACUUGGAAUAUCUCAGUUUGGAAUACAACGACAUCCAGCUCAUUGUGGCUGGCGCGUUCAGCCCCAUGCCGAACUUGAGGGUUCUCUUCCUUAAUAACAACUUGCUCAAGUCUUUGCCAGUGGAUGCGUUCCUUGGAAUUUCUUUGUCCAAAAUCAGCCUGCAUAACAAUUACUUCUCCUAUCUGCCUGUGGCUGGCGUGUUGGACCAGCUCAACUCCAUCAUUCAGAUCGAUUUGCACGGAAACCCGUGGGAUUGCUCAUGCAACAUCGUGCCCUUCAAGCAGUGGACCGAGAGACUCGGAGCUGACGUCAUCGUGAGUGAUCUGAAGUGCGAGUCGCCGGAGGAGUUCUGGAAACGCGACUUCCGCUACGUGCGGAACGACCUCAUGUGCCCCAGACUCUACGAGCGGAUGCCCCCUCCCACCCCUAUGUCCAAAAACAGCACAUUCACACUGGACUCGGGCACGCGCUCGAACUCGUAUCUGGAGCCCAACCGGGUCUCCAUCUCGGUGCUCGUCCCCGGGUUGCUGCUGGUGUUUGUCACGUCCGCGUUCACCGUCGUGGGAAUGCUCGUCUUCAUACUGCGCAACCGCAAGCGGUCCAAGCGGCGGGACGGGAACUCGUCUGCCUCUGAGAUCAACUCUCUGCAGACGGUGUGCGACUCCUCGUACUGGCACAGCGGGCCCUACCACGCAGACACGGGCGCACACCGUGGCUUUGAUUGCACCACACACCUGUCCACGACAAACGAUGCGUGAAAAGAAGAGGGGCUGGGAUGGAUUUACAAACAGACAGACUGGCGCGCGUACACGACCCAAACAACCUGCUAGUCCUCACACAGGAGGCGAGCGGUCUUGGUUCUGUCUUGUUUUAGUCCACUUCAACCAGUUUGUCUGCUGCACGGGGCCCCAGCACUGUAUAUUAUGUAUAUGACAAUCCCUCCCCCACCCCCCCGAGAACCCCCCCUCUUUACCUGCGCUAUUUGUCGCAAUCGGACUUCAGAUCUGUAUCAGACAUAGGGGGAGCUUACAAUGUAAUGAAAAAAAAGGGGGGGGACGUGUGUGCGCGAGGGAAUGGUGCACGAGCGCAUGAAUGUAAAUGUAAAUAGUUGGGCCGAUGUAUCAUAAUGUGCAUGAUGAUAUUUCCGCAUGGUUUCAACACACGCACACAUAGCGCGCGACUGAGGAACCAUGCUGAUGAGGAGGCGAAACCCCUUUCAUGCUCCAUCAAUAUGAUGACUAUAUAUAUAGCUAUUAUGAGAGUUACAUAUAUAUGACUAUAACAAAGUGCCAUUUCUCUAUUUUUGUGAACUUGCAGUUAGGAUUUGUAUUUGUUGUUUUAAACCUGUUUGGAGAAAAGAGGUGGGAAAAACACUGUUGGUUAGUAUCAGAAAGGAUGUGAUGCUGUCAGUGCAUGUUCUUUUUUCUGUUUGUUUUAUUUGUCGAUGAAUAUUGGGAUUAUUUAUACGGUACUAGAUGGCGCGGGUGUAGCCCCCCUAUCCUCACCAAACUCAACCUAUCAUCCUUUUUUUCUGAAUGUAUACUGUGUUCUUUUUUUUUUUCAAUGGCGUGCCAAUUGUUGACUCCAUGGCGACAUGCGUACCAGCAUGACGCCACUCGGAUGCUUCUGCUGCAAAGUCGAUGUAGCUUAAAUAAUAGUUCUGUGGUUUUUGUGUGUCUAUGAGUAUAGCCUGUGUUGGGCGAGAGGAAGUCAAAAAAAAAAAAAACAUGUCACGGGGGCGGGGGGUUUGUACCAUCAUAUUUUUUCAACAAUUGAGCAACGUUUUCAAUUGAGCUAGAAUGAUUCGAUCAACGUAUACAGUGCAGGUAAACUUAGCAUAGACUGCUUUUUAUUGUGAGAAAAAAAAGUAUUCCUCCACACAGAGACAUAUAAAAAUACUAUGAUUCAUCUUUUAUUGUGAUUUUUUUUAAGCUAUCUAACCUUGUACAAAUAACUCAUUGUAAACAAAAUGUGCUUGAAUUAUGCUGUACCGGGGUAGAAUUCUUGCUUUUUAACAAAAGGUGGAUUGUGCUGUGAAAGGAAUGUGGCCAGUCCUUAUAUAGAGGAAGUGCUUUGAGCCUUGGCAAACGUGGCUGGGUAAUGCAAGAUGCCUUUUACACUUCACCAUAUACGUAGCAGGCUAUGCCAUGACUGCAGGUCUGCUCCAACAGAAGGUGUUACUAUUGGCACUAAGUUACAUUUAAAAAAAGCAUUUCAGACUGAGGCCCACUUACUAUGUGCAGUGUGUGCCACCAAUGCAACGAUGCCCUUUUUAUGUCAAUUAACGCAGCGUAAAAACGCUGUAACCCAUUUAAUGACACGUCCAAUUUCAAUGUGAUUUCUAUAAAGUAGAAACACUUUCAAAUUAAAAUCAGCUUAUUUUAGGUGUAGGGGCCUUAAAUUUAAUUAGUUGAAAAGAUCAUGUUAGCCCAAACUAGUGUGCCAACUGUACCUUCAAAUUGGCACUGUCCAUGGUGCUGAAUCACUUCCUUUGUCCUCCUGCUCAGUCAGCGAAAGAGACAUGUGGCCAUUAGCAUUCUGCACCCUUAACUAUAAUCCUUCUCACAUAGCAACUAAUUGGUGACAGAUAAGGGGGUGGGUUGUGGGGGGUGGCAGGGGGUAUGUUUAGAAGUGUGGAUUACACACAGAGGCUCAAAAGUUGAUUGUUGAAUCGUCUGAGUAUGCAAAUGAUGUGAGUUAUCUGCAUUGGCUGUUCUGUAGGCCCAAAACCGUUUUCACAGUGCUGGAUUUGCCUUUACUUUUUCACCCGGCUUGACCUUGGGGAUUAAGGUCAUGGCAAAUCUGUGACAGACACUCAUCAUUGCCUCGCGUCGUCCUUAACUCGCAGUUCUUCUCUCUUUUGUCCCACCAGACGGUUUUUUGCCACCUGUGGGCCAGAGCCCAUGUGAUAUUUGUUAUCAUUUUCAAACGCUGUGUUCCCAACUACAUUUUGAUGCUUUGCAAUAUUUGACCUGCUUAUAUUUUGUUAAAUAAAGUGUGGUUGAGGUUGAGUGAACCUAUGUUGUGUUUUUAGGAAUUUUCAUUGUAUGGUAUGGUUUAUUUGUUUCAGACGCGCUUGACAAGUUACAUUAGGGUACAUCAUGUGGUUGCGUUUGCACAAUACAAGGUGCCUGAAAAGGAGUAGGAUUUAAUCCUACCCCUUGUCCAUGUUUAUUACUGAUAAUUCAUUCACACCAUAUCAUUUACAUGCCAAUGCUUAUAAUAUCGUGUUUGUUUACAUUUUGUUGUUUAAAUUGUGUUCACUUCCUGUGUGAAAAGAAGGGGAUGUUUUGAUAAAAAAAUAUCCCAUAACAAAAUAAGAGGUCAGAAAAAAAUUACACUCUUGAGGGAAAGAAGGGGAUGAUAAUGUUACCAUUACCAUGAACAUAAUAAAAUUAUAAGAAUAAUUACAUUUUUGAUUUCAGAUUAUAUUGUAGAUUUUAAAUAAAAAUAUAUAUAUAUUUAUUUUCAACGCUUUUGCUUUACUUGUCUUUACUUAAUGCCCCACACUCUAACAUUCAGUGGUGUGAAAAAGUGUUUGGCCCCUUCCUGAUUUCUUAUUUUUUUGCAUGUUUGUCACACUUAAAUGUUUCAGAUCAUCAACCACAUUGAAAUAUUAGUCGAUAACAACACAGCUGAAGACAAAAUGCAGUUUUUAAAUGGAACUUUUGAUUAUUAAGAAAGAAAAAAAAUACAAACCUACAUGGCCCUGUGUGAAAACGUCUUGGCCCGCCCCUGUUAAAACAUAACUGUGAUUAAAUGAGAUCUAUCAGUCUGGAAACGGUUAUAAAACCAUUUCUAAAGCCUUGGGACUCCAGCGAACCACAGUGAGAGCCAUUAUCCACAAAUGGAGAAAACAUGGAACAGUGGUGAACCUGAAAAAGCACAGCAAUGACUCAUCCAAGAGGUCACAAAACAACAUCCAAAGAACUGCAGGCCUCACUUGCCUCAUGACUCCACCAUAAGAAAGACACCGGGCAAAAACGGCCUGCAUGGCGGAGUUCCAAGAUGAAAAUCACUGCUGAACAAAAAGAACAUUAAAGCUCGUUUCAGUUUUCCUAGAAAACAUCUUGAUGAUCCCUAAGACCUUUGGGAAAAUACUCUGUGGUCUGACGAGACAAAAGUUAAACUUUCUGGAAGGUGUAAAAGUAAAGCCGCAUUUCAGAAAAAAGACCUCAUACCAACAGUAAAAUAUGGUGGUGGUAGUGUGAUGGUCUGGGGUUGUUUUGCUGCUUCUGGACCUUGCUGUGACUUCUACUGUCUGCCAAAAAAUCCUGAAGGAGAAUAUGCGGCCAUCUGUUGGUGACCUCAAGCUGAAACCAACUUGGGUUCUGCAGCAGGACAAUGAUCCAAAACACACCAGCAAGUCCACCUCUGAAUGGUUGAAGAAAAACAAAAUGAAGACUUUGGAGUGGCCUAGUCAAAGUCCUGACCUGAAUCCUAUUGAGAUGCUGUGGCAUGACCUUAAAAAGGUGCUUCAUGCUGGAAAACCCUCCAAUGUGGCUGAAUGACAACAAUUCUGCAAAGAUGAGCGGGACAAAAUUCCUCCACAGCGCUGUAAGAGACUCAUUGCAAGUUAUCACAAACGCUUGAUUGCAGUUGUUGCUGCUAAGGGUGGGCCCAACCAGUUAUUAGUUUUAAGGGGCAAUCACUCUUUCUCACAAGUCCACGGAGGUUUGGAUUUUUUAUCCCUUAUUAAUAAAACGUUUCACUUAA